AUGCACUGCCCAGUGGCUAUAGGCCUCAGCAAGGGCCACAAGGUGACCAAGAACAUGAGCAAGCCAAGGCACAGCCACCACCAUAGGCACCUAACCAACCACACCAAAGUUUCACAAGACAUGAUCUGGCAGGUGUGUAACUUCACCUGGUAUGAGUGCUGUGUCAUGGAGCUACUCAGGGUCUCCAAGUUCAUCAGGUUCAUCAAGAAAAGAAUAGGGACACAUAUCAAGGCCAAGAGGAAGCAAGAGGAGCUGAGCAGCAUCUUGGCCACCGGGAGAAAAGGGGCCACCAAGAGGGACUAUGCAUCCCUCUCUACAUAA